UCGGCGGCCGGGCCCGGCGGCCUGGGGGAGGGGAGCGCGGGAGCGAGAGUCUCCAGGAAAAAGGCAAAGGCGGGCGCGAGGCUGCCUCCCGAGGCUCUCUCGGCUUGCAGUUCCUCCCGUUUGGCUGACUUGGGAGUCGCGACCUCCCGUACAGGAUGUGGUGCCACAGGUUGUCCCACCUACAAAGCAGUCUCCAGAACCUGCUGAGGAGAGGAGUCACAUGUUGGGCAUUCCAACAGCCCAACUUCAAAAGCUUAUUUCCAUUAGCCAUCCAUUGGCACCAUACAGCCUCUGAGUCUCUGGGUUGUGCUUGGCAGCAACAUGAAGAUCAUUUUGAAUGCAUUUCCCUAGAGCUGCAAUAUGCUAACACCGUGAUGCGCUUUGAUUAUGUCUGGCUUCGAGACCACUGCCGCUCAGCAUCUUGCUACAACUCUAAGACUCACCAGCGCAGCCUGGAUACUGCCAGUGUGGAUUUAUGCAUCAAGCCAAAGACCGUUCAUCUGGAUGAGACCACACUCUGUCUCACCUGGCCAGAUGGUCAUGUGACUAAAUAUGAUUUGGAUUGGCUGGUGAGAAACAGCUAUGAAGGGCAAAAACAAAAGGUCAUCCAACCUAGAAUCUUCUGGAAUGCUGAAAUCUAUCAGCGAGCCCAAGUUCCAUCUGUAGAUUUCCAAAGCUUCUUAGAAACCAAUGAGGGAUUGAAGAACUUUCUACAAAACUUUCUGCUGUAUGGAAUUGCAUUCGUAGAAAAUGUCCCUCCCACUCAAGAACACACUGAGAAGUUGGCAGAAAGGAUCAGCUUGAUCAGAGAAACCAUCUAUGGGAGGAUGUGGUAUUUUACUUCAGACUUCUCCAGGGGCGACACUGCAUACACCAAGCUGGCUUUGGAUCGGCACACUGACACUACCUAUUUUCAAGAGCCCUGCGGCAUUCAAGUGUUUCACUGUCUUAAGCAUGAAGGAACAGGUGGCAGGACACUGCUGGUAGAUGGAUUCUAUGCAGCAGAACAGGUACUUCAAAAGGCACCUGAGCAAUUUGAACUCCUCACCAAAGUGCCACUGAAGCAUGAGUAUAUUGAAAAUUUCGGAGAAUGUCACAACCACAUGAUUGGGGUUGGGCCAGUCUUAAAUAUCUACCCUUGGAAUAAAGAGCUGUAUUUGAUCAGUCCCGUCCAUGUUGCUACAAAAGUUGGGUAUUCGUCCUUUCUGAUGGAGGCAUAAUACUCCAUAGUGUAUAUGGACCACAUCUUCCUUAUCCAUUCGUCCGUUGAAGUGCAUCUUGGUUCUUUCCACCAUUCGGCGACCGUGGCCAUUGCUAUUAUAAACAUUGGGGUACAGAUGGCCCUUCAUUUCACUACAUCUGUGUCUUUGGAGUAAAUACCCAGUAGUGCAAUUGCAGGGUCAAUCUAUAAAGAACUCCUCAAACUCAACACACACAAAACAGACAAUCAUAUAAAAAAAAAUGGGCAAAAGAUAUGAACAGACAUUUCUCCAACGAAGACAUACAAAUGGCUAAUUCCAUCAGUUCUUACUUCAUAUAAUUUGAAUACCUGUUAUCAAACACAUACUUAUUUAUUAUUUUUAUACCUGAUGAAAUGACAUUUUGUCAUCAUGAAAUGUCCCUUUUUAACUUUGUUUUGCGGUCUCUUUUAUCUUAAAUUAAUGUAUCCACUUUAAACUUCUUAGGCUUACUUUUUGCAUUCUAUUUAAUGUUCCAUUCUUUUUUUCUAACUUAUCUGUAGUUUUAUAUUUAAAGCAUGGCUUUGUAAAUAUCAUAUACUUUAGUCUUACUUUUUUAUCCUGACAAUCUCUUUGAAUUGAGAUAUUUAGUGCAUUAGCAUUUUUAAAGCUUUAAAACAUUUUUAAAGUUUUUAUUUCUAUACCAUAAAAUAAUGUUUUAUGUGGACAAUUCAAUAAUUAUUAGUAUACCUACAAAGUCAUGGAACCACCAUUACAAUCCAGUUUUUAGCCAUUUCUAUCACCUUAGAAAUUUCCUCAUGCCCUUUAAGCAGUCACUCCCCAUUCCUGAGCCCCACCACAUACAAAGCCUUUGAUAGUUACUAAUUUAAAUUCUAAAUUUUAAUUUAGAUUUUAGACUUUUUAUAUAAAUAGAAUCAUACAAUAUAUGGCCCUUCAUGCCAGCUUUCUUUUACUUAGCAUCCAUGUUGUAAUAUGUAUCAGUUUAGUUGCUGAGUAGAAUUUCAUUAUAAAUAUAUCACAUUUUGUUUAUACAUUCCACAAUAACUAAUAUUUAGGUUAUUUCUGGUUCGAGAUAUCCCUAAUAAUGCUGCCAUGAAGAUUUGUGUACAUCUUUAUAUAGACAUGUUUUCAUUUCUCUUUGGUAGAUUUCUAGGAAUGUAAUUGCUAAUUCAUAUAUUAAAUCUAUGUUUAUACCUUUGAGGAACUGCCAGACUUUUCUACAAUGGAUACACCAGUUUACAUUCCUGCUAGAAAUGUAUGAGGACUUCAGUUUCUAUAUAUACUCGCCAACACUUGUCAUUAUCUGUCUUUUUUAUUAGAGCCAUCCUAGUGCAUAUGAGGUAGUAUCUUGUUGUGGUUUUGAUUUACAGUUCCCUGAUGACUAAUGAUGUUGAGCAUCUUUUUAUAUGUUCUUGACCACUUAUCAAAUCUUUUGCCUAUUUUUAAAUGAUAUCAUUUGUCUUGUUUUGAGUUUUUUAAAUAUUCUGAAUACAAGUUCCUAAUUCGAUGUAUUAUUUGCAAGUAUUUUUCUCCCUUUCUAUGGCUUGUCUUUUUACUUUCUUGAAUGUGUCCUUUGAUAUGCUUAAAGUUUUAAAUUUUGAUGAAACCCAAAUUAUCUGUAUUUUUUUGUUGCUUAUGCUUUUUAUUUUGUAUCUAAGAAGGUUUUGCCUAAUCCAAGAUCAUGAAGAUUUACUCCUAUGAUCUAUAAUAAGAGUUUUGUAGUUUUAGCUCUUACAUUUAUUUUCUAAAUGUUUAGUUAAUUUUUGUUUUUUAUGGUGUAAGGUAAGACCCAGCCUCAUUUUUUGGUAUAUGGAUGUUCAUUUGUCCUGGCAGUAUUGUUGAAGAGAUUAUUCUUUCCUUUGUUGAACAGUCUUGUGCUCUUAUUAAACAACAGUACGUAGAUAUAUGGACUUAUUUCUGAUUCUCAAUACUGUAAUAUUGACAUAAUGUCUCUCCUUACUCCUGGUCCACUAACAUUUACUAUAAAUAUAUUUUUAUUUGUAAUGUUUUAUUUUCUCUUUGCCUCAUCCAUUUAUUUUCUCUGUUCCUCCUUUCAUAUCUUCUUUUUUUUAAGAUUUUAUUUAUUUAUUUGACAGAGAUCACAAGUAGGCAGAGAGGCAGGCAGAGAGAGAGGAGGAAGCAGGCUCCCUGCUGAGCAGAGAGCCCAAUGUGGGGCUCAAUCCCGGGACCCCAGGAUCAUGACCUGAGCUGAAGGCAGAGACUUUAACCCACUGAGCCACCCAAGCACCCCCCUUUCCUAUCUUCUUAUGAAUUGCUUUAUUAUAUUUUUGUUUAUGCACCACAUACCUUUUUUUCUGGCAGCUUUCAAGAUUUUCUCUUUAUGUUUGGUUUGCAACAAUUUGACUGUAAUAUUCCUAGGUAUGGUUCUUUUUGUAUUCAUCCUAAUAGGAAUAUUCUCUGAGCUUUUUGAAUCUGUAAGUUUAUGUCUUUCACCAAAUUUUGAUCUUUAUAAUUUCAAAAAAUUUUUUUGCCCCAUUUUUUUCUCUUCUCUUUCCAGAACUCCAGUUAUAUACAUAUCAGACCUUUUAAUAUUGUCCCACAGGUCCCUGAUGUUCUGUUCAGUUUCUUUUCAAAUGUUUUUCAAUCUUUAGAUAGAUGAGAUGAAAUUACUAUUUCCAAAUUAACAUAUCUUUAGCUGUUAACACUAAUCUGUUAUUGUUAAGCCCAUCUAGUAAAUGUUUUAAUUCAGAUAUUGUAUUUUUCAUUUCUAAAAUUUACAAUUCAUUUUUUAUACUUUUUAUUUCAUUGUUAAAAGUUUCUAUCCCUUCAUUACAAGCAUAUUUUUCUUUACCUAAUUGAUUCAGUGAAAAUACCUGCUUUAAAAUACUUGUCUGAUAAUUCUAACAUAUGAGACAUCUCAGGAUUGAUCUUUGUUGUCUUUUCCCUUCAAAAGAGGUCACAUUUUUCUGGUUCUUGUUACACUGAAAAAUUUUGAAUUGUAAUUUGGAGAAUGCGAAUAUUAUGUUGAGACUCUAGAUUCUGUUCUAUUUCUCCAAAGAAUGUUGGCUUUUGUAUUUAAAGAAAAAAUACUGGGUAUUUACCUCAAAGAUACAGAUGUAGUGAAAAGAAGGGCCAUCUGUACCCCAAUGUUCAUAGAAUCAAUGGCCACAGUCGCCAAACUGUGGAAAGAACCAAGAUACCCUUCAAUGGAUGAAUGGAUAAAGAUGUGGUCCAUAUACACUAUGGAGUAUUAUGCCUCCAUCAGAAAGGAUGAAUACCCAACUUUUGUAUCAUCAUGGAUGGAACUGGAAGAGAUUAUGCAGAGUGAAAUAAGUCAAGCAGAGUGAGUCAAUUAUCAUAGGGUUUCACUUACUUGUGGAGCAUAAGGAAUAUCAUGGAGGACAAGGGGAGAUAGAGAGGAGAAGUGAGUUGGGGGAAAUCGGAGGAAGAGACGAAUCAUGAGAGACUGUGGACUCUGAGGAACAAUCUGAGGGCUUGGAGGGGCAGGGGGUAGGAGAUUAGGUGAGCCUGGUGGUGGGAUUAAGGAGGGCACAUAUUACAUGGAUCACUGGGUGUUACAGGUAAACAAUAAAUCUUGGAACACUGCAUCAAAAACUGAUCUACUGUAUGGUGACUAACUAAACAAAAUUUUAAAAAUUAGGUAAUUAAUUUAAUUGUACUCAACAUUCAAACUCUGUUUUUAAUAGCUCAAAUUCUGGAAUUUAGGAGGUCAUCCAUUCAGGUAUUUGAGCAGAGUUUAUUUAAACAUAGAGUUUGGUGCUCUCCUUCUCUGAUUCCUUUACAGGAUUUUCUCUUCACUUUUUGGUGGCUGUGGUUGCACCAAACCUAUCCUCUGGUUUUUCAGGCCAGAAAAACUGAGCAUUCUUUUGGGGUUUCAGCUGCCCAAUAUAGUGCAGGUUGUGGCAUGCCCUCAGGCUAGAUGUCAUGAAAAUAGGAAACUUACCCAGUACAGUUCCUUCCUUCUAAGUGUCAACUCAACUCCAGAGUCUACUUCUACAGUAGCUUCAGGUAGAUAUUUUUUGUAAUUAAUCCAGAGUUUUUAAUUGUCACCUGUGAAAGGAAGGGGCUGAUCCAAUAGGAGUUUACUAGUUUACUUAGCCAUUACCAAAAGCAGAACACAGUGCUCAGUAUUAUUUAACAAAAUAAAAAUAUAGCAUGCUUUGUAUAUAAGUAAGCUUUUUCUAUAAAUGGGAUAUUGUAACAGAUACAAUGACUAUUCAAAUUUUAAAAUUUAUUAAACUUUAGAACAAAGGAUAAUUAUAUGGUUUCACUUAUUUGUGGAGCAUAACAAAUAGCAUGGAGGACAUGGGGAGUUAGAGAGGAGAAGGGAGUUGGGGGAAAUUGGAAGGGGAGGUGAAC